AUGAGUUUUUACGUCGUUGUUGCAACUUUUCUGGCUGUUGCUUUGGUCUCAGUAGCGUUCUGGGUUUUCGCUCCAAAGACAAAUCAAACUGUCUGGAGGAGCACGGUCAUAUUAUCCUUAUCGAUGAUGUUUCUAAUGUGGGCCAUCACUUAUCUAUGCCAGCUCCAUCCCUUGGUUAUGCCCCGCCGUUCUGAUCUAAGGCCAGAGUUUGCCGAAUGA